GGAAACUAACAAUCAUAACAUCAAAGCACUAACUGGUGGGACUAUUAAUUGUCGAUGUACCCAUUACGACGCUACACAGAUAUAAGCAAUUGAUAGCAACUAUCGCUGGUACCCAGGGAUUUAAUAAUUUUGAAUAUAUAAGCGUUUUUUUCGAUUGGUGAUUUUGUCAGGAUAAGUUGUUUCACAAUCAAGCAAUGGUGCAAUUUGCUUCGCUAACUGCCAUAAAUAAUUCCAAGACUCCGUGUCCAGUGCAUGCUAGUUUGAAAGCUUCAAGUACUAGUAUAGUGCAUGGGUGUCCUGGUGUUCCACGAAGUAUACCCAGAAUCGAAACGGUUAUUGAAUUAAGACCAGCAAAUGGAAUUCCAUUUACUUGUAGAUCAGUUGGAGUGGAAUUAAGAACAAUUCAAAAAGUUAGUGUUCCUUCUACAAUUGGUUCGAAUGACACUUUCAGAGAAUAUAAAAUAUAUGAAGAUCCUUUAAUCUACGCUCCUCCGAUAGGAGAGUUUUCUCAGGAGUUGUUGGCAAUAGAUAUCCCAAUCUUAAUACCUUUGCCUAAAGAUAUAAUAUCAAGUGGACAAUUUCCUCAUUGGAAUGCUUCUACUAUUCACAAGCUUUUGGUUAAGAUAACUUGUGGCAAUUCCCAUAUCGAUGAACUUAGUUAUAUUGAAAGUUUCCCUGUCGUGAUAAAACUUUAUGAUACUCUACCAUUAUACCGUCAAUAUAAUGAGCCAAUUAUUGAAUCAAGAACUUCCUACGAUAAUCAAGUGAUUGCUGACAUUUCAUUACCGAUAUCUUCCGUGGGGCCAAAAGAUGAGUUGAUUGUAUUUACCAAGAUCAUGACCAAUGCAUUAAAUUAUAAAAUUAAUAAACGAUUAAGAUUAAAACAACUAACAAUGCAAGUUAAAGAGAUACUAGAAUGUCACGAAGGCGGAUUGCCUGUGAGGAAAGAACACAAAUUAUAUUCAAACACUCAAAACUUUGAGGAUCAAUUACUAAAUUCGUCAGGUAUUUCUUAUGAAUUCCAUUUAGAUUUCCCAGUCGAAAACGAUUACUUGCAAUUAUAUUCUCCAAAUAAUUCAAACUUUUCAUCCAGUCAAACUAGUCAAUCAAGAAAUAAUAGCAUAGAUGAGGAAGUUAGUCAUUCAACUGCUUAUUUUUAUAAAAAUCGAAAUUUUGAUAAGAUUAGUGAAGGUGUCCCCAUAACCCAUGUUCAAGGCUUCACGACUCUGGGGAAAUUGUUUUCGAUUAAAUAUGAAACUAUCAUCAAAGUAAAACUUAACCAUGCCAAAGAUAUGGAAAUUCAUUUGCCAUUUACGGUUAGUACUUAUGAUCGAAUUAGUAGUGAUUAUUUACUCAAGUGGAUUAUGAAAGAAUGUCAAAUAGCCAAAAUGAAAUUUGGUAAAAAACUAAUAAACAAAAUUGCUCUAACCCAUGAUUAUGAUAACAUGGUUAACUUAUUGAGAAAUUUUAAUAAACCACCGGUGGUUUAUAGGUAUACAAGACAAGAUUGGGUCAGGUUGGGUUUCAAUCUGGAAGCUUUUGGUAAUAACGACAAAAGCUUGGUGGAUUAUAUUGAUUAAACAGUCGGAAGUUUAACCAAUUUCUGUUUCUUUUAUAGACUUUAUCAUGCUACAACGAC